AUGCCCUCACGUACCGACUCGCCGCUUCAGGUUGCCGUCAUCGGCGCCGGCCUUGGUGGACUAGCUGCUGCUGUGGCGUUGCGCCGUCAAGGACACGCCGUCACUGUCUACGAGCGAUAUGAUUUCGCCGGAGAAGUCGGUGCGUCUCUGAGUGCGGCUUCCAAUGGCUCGCGUUUUCUCGAAGAAUGGGGAGUAGACGUCAAGGCCGCGAAACCUGUAAUUUUGAAGCAGUUGAUUAUGCACAACUGGUCCGAUGGUGAAGUGCAGAGCACAUACCCACUGGGCGACUACAAAUCCAAAUUUGGCACUGAUUAUAACAACUUCCAUCGCAUUGAUAUCCACAAGCAACUCAUCAAGUCGGCGUUUGAAGGGCCCGGAGAAGGGCCCCAGUGCGAGCUCAAAGUCAACCACAAAGCCAUCGAGGUCAACGCCGAGGAAGGACUCGUUCGAUUCGAGAAUGGAACUCGGGCAACAGCCGACCUAGUCGUUGCGGCGGAUGGCAUCCGGUCUCUCACCAGGAACCUUAUGGGGAUAACACCCGAUUUUGAGAUGUCGACAUCCUGCUGCUACCGAUGUAUCAUCGGCGCGGACAAACUCCGCGAAGUCGGUCUGGAAGACUACAUCUCCAACGAGGCAAUCGAAUACUGGGGCGGUUUCGGGAUUAACAAGAUCGUCAUGUCCCCGUGCAGCAACGGCGAAGUAGUGAGCUGCUACUGCUUCUAUCCGGCAUCAGUCAAUAAUCUUCGCGACGAUGGAUGGAAUAUCGGAGCCACGCCACAGCAGCUGGUGGAGACGUUCCCCGAUUUGGACCCCAGAAUGAAAACUUUGAUGCUGAAUGCGGAGGAUAUCAAGAUGUGGCGCUUAUACCGGCACCAACCAUAUCCGUACUGGGUCAAAGGCAAGGUCUGCCUGCUUGGAGAUGCCGCACACCCCAUGAUGCCUGACCAGUCCCAAGGAUCGUGCAUGGCAUUCGAGGAUGCCGGUGCGCUGGGUAUCGUGUUCCACAAGAACUUCAGAGAGGACUACGGCGUAUCGGAGGGCCUCCAAUUAUACGAGAAACUGCGCAAGACACGAGCGACGCGCGUGCAGGAGGCGAGUUUCCGGGCGCGUGAGAACCUCAGUGAGCGAAUUGGCUGGAGCUCUUCCACGGACCGACCGGGCAAGUUGACAAUCGAAGAAGUCUGUGGGUAUAACAUGAGAGAUCAUUUAGCGGAGCUAUUGGAGAAAGAGUAG